ACAUCUUUGUUCUCCAACUCCUUGUGAUGGUUACAAUUUUGUAAUAGUCUGGAAAAUCUAAUCAAACUGAAUAGGGUGUGUCCCACCAAGGGUGAAGCCCUGAUUGGUGUCAAUUAGGGUGUGUCCCUGGAAUGUAGCCUUGAUUAGGUUUAUUAACUGUUCUCCCUAUAUAUAGGGAAGUCAAACAGAGGACUGACUUACCCAGAGAAGAAGACACUGUACAGUUCACAACAUUGGAAGAAGAAGAAUUGGCUUCUCGUCUGUGGAACUUGCCUCAGAAUCGAUUUGGCUUCACCAUCUCCUCCAGUUUUGGGUUCUGAUUUGCCUCCUUAGCGCUUGGACUGUGUGAGUGAAAAUCAAGAGAAAGACACCUGGUAACUGAGUUAUUGACAAUGCAGCCACUGGAAUCAGUGACAUUUGAAGAUGUAGCUAUAGACUUCACCCAGGAAGAGUGGCUCUUGCUGGACACAUCCCAGAGAAAGCUGUACAGAGAUGUGAUGCUGGAGAGUAUCGAUCAUCUGGUCUCCAUUGGGUAUCAGAUCUUCAAAUCCGAUGUGAUUUUCCAGUUGGAGCAAGGAAAAGAGCUAUGGAGUGAAGGAGAUGGAUUUCUCCAAGGCCAGAGUCCAGUUACUUUAGGCAGCAAAAGUCCUCUUAGAAAACAAGAAAUUAUAUCAGUGAAAUAUAAAAGCAAGAAGAAAAUAACUCCCACGAUGCCAAUGAUGUCUCACACUUAUGUGGAUCCUAUUGAAUGUCUUGAUAUGGUUGAUGAAUUUGCUCAUAGAUCUGUGUCCACUCAACAAUUGUCAAUUCCCAUGGGAAGGAAACGUGAUGUCAGCAAACAGUGUGGAAAAUCACUUCGUAAAGACUCACCCCAUAAUCAACAUGAUCAAAUUAAUGCUAGGGGUAGAUCUUGUGAAUGUCAUCUAUGUGGGAAAGCCUUUAGUAAUUGUUUUAGCCUUAGACGACACAAGAUGAUUCACACUGGAGAGAAACCACAUAAAUGUCAACUAUGUGGGUAUGGCUUUGUGCAAAGCUCUGACCUUAGAAACCACAGUCGAACCCACACUGGAGAAAAACCAUAUAAAUGUCAUCUGUGUGGGAAAGUCUUCAGUCAAAAUUCUUACCUAACACAACAUGAGAAAACUCACACAGGGGAGAAGCCAUAUGAAUGCCAUGUAUGUGAGAAAGCUUUCUCCCAGCGUUCUUACCUUAGAAAACAUGAGAGAAUUCAUCCUGGAGAUAAACGUUAUGAAUGUGUUCAGUGUGGGAAAGCCUUUAGUCAAAGAUCUGGCCUGAGCCAACACAAGAGAAUCCACACAGGAGAGAAACCAUAUAUAUGUAUUCUAUGUGGGAAGGACUUCUGUCAAAGUUCUGAACUUACACGGCAUAACAGAACACACACAGGAGAGAAACCAUAUGAAUGUCAUCAGUGUGGCAAUGCCUUCAGUCAAUAUUCUAAUCUUAGACGACAUGAGAGAACCCACACUGGAGAGCAGCCAUAUGAAUGCCAGCUAUGCGGGAAAUUCUUCAGUCAUCGUUCUUCCCUUAGACGACAUGAGGAGACCCAGCACUGAAGAGAAAAUAGUGAAUGCUUUCAGUAAAUAUGACAUGGUAUUAUAAAUGUAAUGGAGGUGGAAGAAACAUUGAUCACAGCUUUAACAUUUAAAUACACCAAAGGACUAACACAGUAAAGAAAUACUCUCUGUAAACAAUAUUGAAAUCCUUCAUUCUUUCUACUCCUUACACAAGAUACUCAUUUUCAGAUGGAAAUAGAUCCAUAUGUAUGACAUUAACAUGAUAAAGCCUUUAGUCAUUGGCAUGACCUUAGAUAACAUGGCAGAACUCACACUCAGUAGAAUGAGGUACAUGUUCUCAGCAACAGCUCUAAACUUUAAAGUCACUAGUAAACUUGCACAGAGAAAAACUCCUAAUCUUUUUUAAGAAUGUAACUAAGUUAAGUUUGUUGUUAAUGAUUAUUGUUAAAUGUGAGCAAACUCCACAUGGGAGAACUCCUAGGUCUGUAACCAGUGUGAGCAAACAUUCAACAAACAAGCAGGCUUGGUGUGCACAAGAAAACUCAGUGAUGGAAUAAACACUAAAACAGGAAAUAAGAAGAUGAAGGUUCUUGAGGAAUCCCAAAUAAUUCUUACAAGUAAUUCUGAGUGGAGAAAUCAUUCAUUGUCAAAUCAUAGGAAAUCCUUUAUUCACAGAUCAGUACUUGUGGUGUAGUGUGCAUUCAGACUGUGCCAAACCUACUCUGUGUCACGAAUGAAGGGGAGUCUUUAGUGAUCACUUAUUUCUUAGUCAACUUUAGGAUCCUCACACUGAGGAGACAGCAAUCCUAAAAUCAAAGUGGAGAAAACUUCAGCUAGAUUUGAUAUCACACAUAGGUUUGUGUGUGUGUAGGGGUGGGACGGGUGGGUGAGUCGUGGGGAAACCUCUAAUAGAAUCCUUUAUCACAAUUCAGCCAAUAAUUUAGACAUUGAGACAAUACCUAUUUUUGAAAAUGUGGCAUAAAAUGGAAAGUGACAUGAUCUGGAAAUACUGAAUGAAGAAGCUUGUAAGUUAUCAAAAUUUCUAAAGAGUUCAUUACUUGCAAAUAAACAAUAAAACUUGUUG